AAGAGAAACUUGUGCGCGUUCGCUGCUCACUCCCAGGGAGACCCGGAGAGAGGGCUGCGGCUGGGCGGGGAGAGGAGCCGGGGUGCGAGCGAGGCCCCGACCCUGAUCACUCUGUCCCCACCCCCGGGCUAUCUUCUUGCGGAGGGUGUGUGCGCCUCGGGGUGAAGCGAUCGCCAGGGAAGGCUGGGGCCAGGCGCGGGAGAAGGCGUCUCCGGGCUGGGGGUCGCUGGCACUGAAACCGGGCUUUGGGGACAUCCCGAAAGUGAGUCCAGCUGGGGGAAGAAACUGAGAGCACCUCGGGCGCUCCGAUAACAGCGAAGUUGGGCGGGAAAAACUUUCCAGGAAGGUAGAGGCCACACUCCGCCGGGGCGGCGAGGGGAGGCGCCGAGAGGAGGAGCGGUCGGGGCCGCGGGAGGGCGCAGGGCGCAGGGCGCCGGCCGCUGGGGAGGGUCCCGGGCGCGAGGCGGAGCCCCGGCGCGCCGCCAGGCUGGUGGGGGACCCGGCGGGCUGCAGAUUCCCUCCGGCUCCCGGAGCCGCGGCAGGACCGGCCAGAAGGCGCCAUGGAGGGGAGCCCCAUCCCGGUGCUGACGGUGCCCACGGCGCCCUACGAGGACCAGCGGCCGGCGGGCGGCGGGGGGCUGCGGCGACCCACCGGCCUCUUCGAGGGUCAGCGCAACUACCUGCCCAACUUCAUCCAGAGCGUGCUGUCGUCCAUCGACCUGCGCGACCGCCAGGGCUGCACCAUGGUGGUGGGCAGCGACGGCAGGUACUUCAGCAGGACGGCCACGGAGAUCGUGGUGCAGAUGGCCGCGGCCAACGGGUACAGAGACUGGGAAGUCCAUGGUCCAGGUGACACAUCUGCCUUCUACUGGAUGGGGCUCUCUACAGUGUCCUGUGGUGACACAGGCAGUCACAUGAUUGGAAGACUGAUUAUUGGACAGAAUGGCAUAUUGUCGACACCUGCGGUUUCCUGCAUUAUCAGAAAGAUCAAGGCAGCAGGUGGAAUCAUCCUCACAGCCAGCCACUGCCCCGGAGGACCAGGGGGAGAGUUUGGAGUCAAGUUUAAUGUUGCCAAUGGAGGUCCAGCACCAGAUGUCGUCUCAGACAAAAUCUAUCAGAUCAGCAAAACAAUCGAGGAAUACGCCAUAUGUCCUGAUCUUCGAAUCGACCUGUCUCGACUUGGAAGACAAGAGUUUGACCUUGAAAACAAAUUCAAACCAUUCAGAGUGGAGAUAGUGGACCCAGUGGAUAUCUAUCUCAACCUCCUUCGGACCAUCUUUGACUUUAAUGCCAUCAAGAGUUUGCUCACUGGGCCAGGCCAACUGAAGAUCCGCGUUGAUGCAAUGCAUGGAGUAAUGGGACCGUACGUGAGAAAAGUUCUGUGUGAUGAGCUGGGGGCCCCAGCCAAUUCUGCAAUAAACUGUGUUCCCCUGGAAGACUUUGGAGGGCAGCAUCCUGACCCAAACCUGACAUAUGCAACGACCCUUCUGGAAGCCAUGAAAGGAGGAGAAUACGGGUUUGGAGCUGCAUUUGAUGCUGAUGGGGACCGUUACAUGAUCCUCGGCCAAAAUGGCUUCUUUGUGAGCCCUUCCGACUCCCUGGCCAUUAUUGCUGCCAACCUCUCUUGCAUUCCGUAUUUCCGUCAGAUAGGGGUCCGAGGGUUUGGGAGGAGUAUGCCAACCAGCACGGCCCUGGACAGAGUGGCCAAAUCAAUGAAGGUCCCUGUAUAUGAGACCCCAGCUGGAUGGAGAUUCUUCUCAAAUCUGAUGGACUCGGGACGGUGCUCCCUCUGUGGAGAAGAGAGCUUUGGCACUGGCUCUGAUCACCUCCGGGAAAAAGAUGGCCUCUGGGCAGUCUUGGUCUGGCUCUCCAUCAUUGCUGCCCGGAAGCAGAGUGUGGAGGAAAUUGUCCGAGAUCACUGGGCCAAGUUUGGCCGCCACUACUAUUGCAGGUUUGACUAUGAGGGGCUGGAGCCCAAGACAACGUAUUAUAUCAUGAGGGACCUGGAGGCCCUGAUCACAGACAAGUCCUUCAUCGGCCAGCAGUUUGCUGUGGGGAGUCACGUCUACAGUGUGGCGAAGACAGACAGCUUUGAAUAUGUGGAUCCUGUGGAUGGCACUGUGACCAAAAAACAGGGCCUGAGGAUCAUUUUCUCGGAUGCAGCCCGGCUCAUCUUUCGGCUCAGCUCCUCCAGCGGCGUGCGGGCCACCAUCAGACUGUAUGCAGAGAGCUACGAGAGGGACCCCAGUGGCCAUGAUCGGGAGCCACAGGCAGUGCUAAGCCCUCUCAUAGCCAUCGCGCUGAAAAUAUCCCAGAUUCAUGAGAGAACUGGCCGGAGGGGACCCACCGUCAUCACCUGAACGGAGGAAAGAUCAUUCAGCAGGGCCAAAGAGAGUGCUCGGCGGGGUGCUCCACCAAAGCCUUCUUGCUACCUGUUUGUGCCUCUUAUGACUUUGGAAAAAACAAAAGAUAUUUUGCUGUUGGGGGGAGGGUUGUGGGUGGGAAAAGAAAACAAUCCAUUUUGUUUUGGUUUUUUUCCAGUUCCUCCCAGUGCAACAGGGUCUGGUCUUUAGUUGUCUAUUAAAGCUGCAUUAUUGGUUGAUAUCUAUAUUUUAUCACAUGAAGGAACCUCCCCUUUUGAGAGGAGUAAGUGGGCCAGAAAACUGUUAAUCAUAGCAUCUGUGCAUCAUUGGUACCACAUGAGAAAAGGUUCUGAAAUAGUGAAAGAGAGAGCAGUGCCAGAAUUAAGCUGAUCCCAAGCCACAGGAGACCUGGGCAGGCAGAAAAGACACUCCCCAGCAUGGAGGAGGACUGAGCUUUUCCUUCUAGGUCAGGUCUACACUGGGGAAAGGUUUUGUAACUGCUAAUAGCCCAUGUUGCUCCUGUCAACCACCUGAUGGCCCAAUCUCCCCCCAUCCCAUCCCCGACCUUCUCUCACAUCUAACACUUUCUACAGAUCACAAUGGCACGCUUCCAACAAAGCAUAUCAAAGGGUGUUUUUCCUUUCUUAUUUUGUAAAUAUUAUGUUAGCUAUUAAGUUGGCUGCAUUCCUUCAAAUCCAGCCAUCCAUUGUGCAGGUGGGAAGGAGUUUAUUGGCAAUACUCUGCAGAUGAAUGCUUAAAAUUUGGGGGGCCCUUUCUUGAUUACAUCACAUAGGUCGAUACAUGGGUUUAUACAAAUCUGUCCUGUGAAGACAAAAAUACCACCAUGUCACACUAUCUUUCUGACUUUCCCAGUAAGGACCUAUUUUAAUGCACUUGUGUGGACACAGUUCUGAUCUUGUAAUGGCUGUGAAAGGAGAGGGUGAAACACUGUAAAAGUAGGAAAUGAAGUGGGUGCUGGAGGAAAAUAUCACUAGUGGUACACUUAUGGGCCUGAUGGGAUGGAGAGGCAGGUAAGGACUCCUGCUGAGAAGAGGAGAAUCGCCUCUGGCUUUCUUUGCCUGGGAAAAGGAUAUUGUAGCUCUAGCAGCCUUAUCUGUCCUCAGCCAGAACACUCUGUGCAUGGGACCUGUUUGCAUCUGCUUUGCUUCCUUGGGAACGGCACACUCACUGAUCAUGUUAUUUGCAGAGAUCAUCUGGUGCACUUUGACUCUUAAGCAAUGCAUUGUUGCUGUAGCCAAGGUUAGUGCAAGCAAGGAAACAUUCCCAGUAAAGCAUUUGUUUCCAUUUUCUGUCUAUGCUCUUGUCAGGAACUUGCUAGGACAUUUAGUAGCCAAUAAAAAAGAAAUUCUUUAUUUCAACUUUA